GGGCGGCGCGGCACGGCACGGCUCAGGGGCAGCCCCCCCCUCCCCAUCCAAAGUCUUGCAAACUUUCUGAACUUUAACCCUUUGCAAUGAAACUUUCCAGGCGUGGUGUCUGCGUCCAGGUUUCAUUUUCCUUCACCAAUACUUCAAGGUACAGAGGAGCUGGUAAAGGCACUGCCAUGAAACCGAACUUGAAGCAAUGGAAACAACUUAUGCUGUUUGGGAUCUUUGCGUGGGGUCUGCUUUUUCUGGUGAUCUUCAUCUAUUUUACAGAUAGCAAUACUGCUGAGCCCGUUCCCAGUUCCUUUUCUUACAUUGAAACUAAGAGGCUUCUGCCCCUUCAGGGGAAGCAGAGAGUCAUAAUGGGAGCCAUACACGAUCCGUCGUUCUAUGAAACCAUCGAUGGGAAUGAGGUACUUCUGAAUGAAGACCUUUUAGGUACAUUUAAAUCAGGGACUGGAAGUAUUAAGAAAUGGACUGAUUUGGAAGAUGCCUUUAGAAGUGAAGAUGAGUAUUUUCCAUCCCAAUUAGGAAGAAAAUCAAAAAGUGCUUUCUACCAAGUGAAUGAUGAUUAUUUAUUUGCUGCUGGUCAGCCUCGGUCGCACAGCAACCUUCAAGAGAGAGCAAAAUUCAUCUCAGCAGAUGAGGAUAAUCCAAAAGAAAAUAUUUUACAGAACAACUGGGGCCAUCAGAGAAGAAUGAGGAGAAGGAGCGCAAAGCACAGGAGAAGCAAGAUGCUUGAUGAAUCUGAUGACUGGGAUGGGCUGUAUUCCACGAUGUCGAAAUCUUUUCUUUACAAGCUUUGGAAAGGGGAUGUCUCUUCCAAGAUGCUAAACCCUCGACUGCAGAAGGCGAUGAAAGAUUAUUUGAGCACUAAUAAGCAUGGGGUGCGGUUCAAAGGGAAACGAAACUCUAAGUUGACAGGCGACCAGCUUUUCUGUGAGCUAAAAGAAAGGGUGAAUGUGAAAACAAUAGAUGGCAAGGAGGCUCCCUUCUCCACUCUUGGAUGGGAGAAGCACGUUCCCCAAAUUCCACUGGGCAAAUUGUAUACACAUGGCCUUGGGAGUUGUGCUGUAGUUAUGUCUGCUGGUGCCAUACUGAACUCCUCUCUAGGGGAUGAAAUAGAUUCUCACGAUGCUGUUCUAAGAUUUAAUUCUGCUCCAACACGUGGCUAUGAAAAAGAUGUUGGAAAUAAAACAACCAUGCGAAUCAUCAACUCCCAGAUUCUCACCAACCCAAACCAUCACUUUGAAAGCUCCUUGUACAAAGAUGUUAUCUUAGUAGCCUGGGAUCCUGCCCCCUACUCUGCAAAUCUGAACGUGUGGUAUAGAAGCCAGACUACAAUCUGUUUCACUCCGUACGUACAGCAUCGCAGGAAGAAUCCAAACCAGCCAUUUUCUACUCAUCCAAAGUUUAUAUGGCAGCUCUGGGACAUCAUUCAGGAGAACACUAAAGAGAAGAUACAGCCCAACCCUCCUUCUUCAGGUUUUAUUGGUAUCCUCAUCAUGAUGUCCAUGUGUGACGAAGUGCACGUGUACGAGUACAUCCCUUCAGUCCGACAGACCGACCUAUGCCACUACCAUGAACUCUACUACGAUGCAGCUUGUACCUUAGGGGCCUAUCACCCGCUACUCUAUGAGAAGCUGUUAGUGCAGAGAAUGAACAAAGGUUUGCAGGACGACCUGUAUCGGAAGGGGAAGGUCAUUUUGCCAGGAUUCAAAUCUGUCAAGUGCCCCAAACGAAAUAAUUUCCCACACUUGUAGAAGAGAGUCCUUCAGAAACAAUGUGCAAUAAGGUACUACUGUCGUACUAUAAACAAGGAGAAAAUACUUGAAAAAUGUAUCUUAGACCAAUCUAGUCUUGAGUCUAUAAAUUGUAAUUAAGUAGCAGGCAUGAGAAAUACUUCUUUUCUGAGCCUGAGUAUUUAUUACUGCUUUGCAAAUAAUUAAAGAAAAAAAAGAAAAGCUUAGCUUAUGAAAGGUGCAGAGGACAUACUUAGGCAGACGUUUAAUGUAUUGUUGUGGAUGUGACUGUCAGAAUUUGUCAGUGGUCUCUUAUGCCACAUAUGCUAAAUUGUAACUUUUUUUUCUAAAUGAAUUUAUUUAACUGUUAAAUCUGGCAUUGUGAAACAGCCUGUAUCGUUCAUGUACAGAGCUGCCAGUUGAACAAUGCAGCAUUUCUCAUGGCUCCAUGGGAUUUUCACACUCUCCAAGAAGUAAUUGCUACUCUGAGCUGUGCGUUCAUUGAUUAGAGGAGACUUUUAAUUCCUGUUCACACACAGGUUUAGUUACAGGCUUCCAAAAGUAUAGGGGGCCUUGUGCUGUUUAUAAAGUCAAUGCAGACACACAAACCAGCUAAAUCAGUAAAACUACUGGAUGUAGCUUUGAUCACACUGCUUGGUCACACCAUUGCUCACACUGUGUGGGGCAGAGGGAAAUGAGAAAUUUCUCAUUUCUGUAGAAAGCAACAAAUAUAUUGGUAACUCAUUCAGGAAGAAACUUCUCCCUGAGAGGCCCAUGAAGAAAGUGUGAGGGCAAUUAUGCCUUGCCCUGGUGUGCACAGAUUAAAAACUAUCCAAAGAAAGUCAAGGGAGGCUGUGUAGCGCACAUAUCGCACUGAAAGCAAAUGUAGAGGGAGCUCACCUUUCUGCAGCAAAGAUAGCAUUCAAGAUUAUAGACAUCAUUUGUUAGGCGUUUCAUUGUGAUACAAAUCAAUUUCACUUGCUCACAAGUUACUGCUGUUAAGUAUGGGGAGUUGUCUGACAAAAGAGGAUAUCAGCUUUUUUUUUUUAUUUAUUUUUAUUUUUUAUUUAACCUUUGAAAGGCUAUACCCCAGAGAAGCUGUAAUGCCUGGAGAAAAAAAAACAAACUGACUGUGGAUUGCAUAUGGAGAUAAUUUAAUAUUUUCCUUCGUAACACACAAUGAGAAUAUUCUCUAAGGCUGUUCUGAAAAUCCACCUGAACACUAACACAUUUAAAACAGUACAACUUCAGUUUCAGAUUUUCUUAUAGGCUGGAAGAUUUGUUGAUGUUGUUGUUGUGUUAUUCUUUUUCCUUGUUUUUCUGUCGGUUUUUUUCCACACAACUGUACCCUUUCUCUUAGGGUAAGUUCAGUAGAAAAGUAUGUGUCCAAAACCACAGCUGUAACCUUUUUAUGUCCAUUCAGUAAAAAUGCAAACAAUUCAAAGAGGCACUGAAGAGUAGCUGAGUUGAGUGGUUGUGGUGGAAAGUAUCUUUUGUCUUAAGCAACAGGAAGGCAAUUAAAGAGUGCAAAUGGUAUUAAUGACUACUUCCCAUUCAAUAGUAAUGUAAGUAUCACCAGAGAAUUCUUUUUCUGUCACUCUGCUCUUAGGGACUGAUCAUUUUUCCCUCCUCAGAAGUGAAUAAAAUGUCUUCUGUGGGGCUUAGCUUUCUUUUCCUAUGUAGCCUCAUAAUUUGGGCUAUAUGGUCCUCUAAGAUUCCUCUUGUUGACAGACAGUGUGUCCAGAUGGUCUAAAAAACUGUACUUCUGUGUUGUGUGGAUAAUCAUGUCCAUGAAUCAUUUUGGUCCAUAUUGAAAUGAAUGGUUUUUAUUUAUGUUAGCCUUAGACUCUGGAUAUAUUACAUACUGAUUUUUUUUAAUGUUGUAAGUCAGCAGCUUUUAUUCUUAAUAACAUUGUUAUUUAAUCUUGCAGAGAAAAGAUAACCUACUUAGAGCUAUUCUAUUUUUCCACAUGCUUGGUAGCCUGUUUGCAAAACAUUUGAAAUCUGAACCAGUACUGUCAAAUAUGUCUCUCUCUCUCCAGUAUGUAGGAUUAGCUACAACAUCUUUGUAAAGAAAGGGACUUGAUUACCUUUCUAGGACUAAUGAAUAUACUACUUCUCCAUAAACAGGAAAUGAUCAAGUUCUUAAAAAAAUAAAUAAAUCACUUUGGUCUGCAAUCACUAACCUUAAACUUUGUUUUCCACGAAGAAGAAAAAUACUAACUGUAUUUCUCAACUACCCACAGCAGGAUUAUGUUGUAUUAUUCCCUUGGUAAUCUGUCAGAAUAAUCCACAUAUCUGUUGUACAGAACAGUGGGAAUUUUACAAGGUCUCAUGUAACAGGUGAUGAACAUACCUACUUAAUACAUCAUUUAAAUAACGAUGCAGAACCAUGUCUGAGACAUCAGAAAACUAACUGUAUAUUUUUAAUUUACUGGACUCUGCACAUUCAAGCCCUUUCAGCAGAAUCGUCUUUGCCAGUACGCCAAGACUCUUUAACCUUUGAAGAUAAUUACUGCAACUGUUUCCAGGAGAACGUGGUGUGUUCUUGCCAGCUGCAUCCUGAUUUAUACAGCAGUCAAUCAAUGCUCCUUCCACUAGUGCUGUGUGGGUGCUGUAGCAUCACCUUAGAAGAUGCCACAGAGCUGUGCUGCCAGCAAUUACUUUCUUGCAAUGGAGGAAGACCAACUUGUGAUGCCCAUCUUCUUGAAAAAAUAAGUACCCCAGGAGUGGCUUCCCAGGACUGGUUUCCACUGUGAUGUUUCAUUGGUCUGUCUGAUCAAACACCUGGUGGCUGCUUAAAGAGACUUUAUUACCCUACCAUGUCUUGUCCUUCUUUUUUUGACACAAGUGCAAGUGCACUUGAUUUGCUAACCAAGGGCUCACCUCCACUUUGUGCAACAGGGGAACGGGCAGAAAUGAAGAGGGAACAUAAAGGACCUUCAGAGGUGCUGCCUUCACCAGUGCAUACACUCUCUGUGGCUUUGGCAUUGGUGGCUUUCAUGUGAGCUCACCAUGUAUUUUUGCAUUUACAGGCAUAUUUCGCUGUCCCUCAGAAGGGCAGAGAGGUCUUUACAAAGAUUCAUUCAACUUGAAACGAUGAGUGAGCGUGUAGUAACACUGAAUCUACAAUCUUUUAAUAAUAGCAACAUGUGAGAGUGCUGGUUUUAGAUACUUGCAUUAAAUGUAGACAAUGUGAAAGGAAAUGCAUUUUCCCACGCAGAUAUCACAGGGUUGUGUGGUGUUUUGUUUUUUUUUUUAUCUUUUUUCUUUUUUUUUCUUUAAAAAAAAAAAAAAAGAUAUAGGCAUGGCUUCUUAGCUCUUCUGUGUGGCUAUUGUACACUAACAGAGAGUACCAUAGGCAAGGGAGGUCUGCACAAGCCUGGCUCUUGACAUGUGUCAUCAGCAAAGCAAAUGCUAGGUGAUUCCUGAGCUCCCUUUACACGUGGUACAAUGAUGCAGGUUUUAAAUGUAUGGAGGUUUCCUGACAAGUAGGAAUAAAUUGCCUUCAAAAGCUUUAGAGACUCUUUUCUGUACCCUGGUGCUGUGGACAAAAGUUGCACUUAGUUGAAACAAAACAGAAACACAGCAGCAUCCUAAGUAAAUAUGCUGAGUUUAUGUUGAAUUGCAUUAUGCUCUUUUUCCCACUGUGAAUUCUUUUUUGACUUGUGGUGCUCUAUCCUUUUAUACAUUCAGCCUUUGGAUGGUUAAGUCAAGGUAUUCUUCUGUUUAUUAAAGAAAAAUUAUGACAGAUUUUGCCUCACUUUGAGCCAAAAUCUUUCUAUCUUUCUAAUUAUUAAUUGUUCCAUUUGUUUAUAGUUCUAAAACUUAACCUGCGCAUAAACUCACAGUUCAGUUUAGUAAUUCCUUAAAUUAAACUACUAAAUCUUAAGAAAUAUGUACGUUAAGACAGAGAGAGAUUGUUUACACACUCUAAUCUGCAAUCUCUCUGUACAAAUUUAACUAAAUCAUUGCUUGUCUUUGAUCAGGACACUUUCUUUGAU